AUGGCAAAAAUGUUGAUACGGACUAAGUGUAAAUAUCGUACGGCGGUUGUAAUAAGAGUGUUAUUCCUUGCGUUACCAUUCGUAUAUUAUUUGAUGUUUGGCGCAGCUGAAUAUAAAGAGAAAGAGAGAGAGAUAGAGCUGUCCGCAGAUGGACGUUUCACAUCUCGACACCUCUUGGCUUUGGAGACCAGCGGCAGGAACUGCACCCCUCCAGCGAUUCUGGAGUUUCCUCCAGAUGGACUUAAUAGGGCACAGCGACAACAAGGCUUCAUCUUUAUCCACUGCGUGAUAGCGAUAUACUGCUUCCUACUCCUCGGGGCUGUCUGCGAACAUUACUUCGUGCCAGCUAUAGAAGUAAUAUGCGAACGUUUGAAUAUGGAAUCGGACAUAGCUGGGGCCACAUUCAUGGCGGCCGCUAGCUCCAGUCCCGAGCUAUUUAUCAACUGCGUUGGCACGUUCGUUACUGAGGGGGACCUGGGGGUGGGGGCCGUGGUGGGUUCGGCGGUCUUCAACGUGCUCGCUGUGCCGGCGUGCUGCGCUCUCGUUGCUUGCAGGGCAAUCGAUCUGGACUGGUGGUCUAUAUCCCGGGACUGUCUCAUGUACGCGGUGGCUGUAUUGGCUCUGAUCCUGACCCUACUUGACGAUAUGGUGUACUGGCACGAGGCUCUCUUACUUGUGCUUAUGUACACUUUUUAUAUACUUGCUAUGGUAUUCAACACCCGUUUGGGAACGUUUGUUAAAAGCGGCUGCUGUUAUUUCAAAAAGCCAAAACAAUACACAGAAGUUACACCACUUCUGUAUAAAGAAAAGUCUAGUCCUUUGGAUGCCACGAACAGAAUAACGGUUUCCAAUCAAACAAUCAACGAUAUAGAACAGGGUACACAAUUGAAGAAACGUCAUGGUUCCACGGACUCAGAUUCCAGCGUGAGUUCCCUUUGGUCCUGGCCUGGCGACAAAUCAUCACCAGUCAAGAAGUUCUUCUGGGUGUUGACUUGGCCUCUCUGUCUGUUACUAUGGAUAACCAUACCGGAUUGCAGACGGCACCCUCGGCUGUACCCCCUCACCUUUAUAAUGUGUGUGACCUGGAUCGGAGGAGUAUCGUAUUUGGUGGCGUGGAUUAUAACUAUCAUUGGUGACACUCUGAAUGUGCCUGACAGUAUCACAGGCCUGACCAUCCUCGCAGCAGGAACCAGUCUACCUGAAGCUGUAUCCAGCGUACUCGUCACUAACCAUGGUCAUGGCACUAUGGGAAUAAGUAACUCCAUUGGCUCUAAUACAUUUGACAUCUUGCUCUGCUUGGGACUACCGUGGCUAAUAAAAUCUCUUUUCUACCCAUGCGUGCCUGGUAAUCAUUGGGUGAAAAUUAAUUCCAGCGGCCUAUCAUAUAGUGCUAUUUCACUCUUAUCCACGCUAUUCGCGCUGUACGGCUCUCUCGCACUGAAUAAAUUUCAGUUAGAUUGGAGAGUUGGCAUUACCUGCGCUGUUGUUUAUAUUGGUUACCUUGUGUUGGCAGCACUGAUAGAGUUGAAUGUACUAUUUGUUGUUAAUUUGCCCGUUUGCCCACAUUUAUAGGUGGACGAAUUGUGCAAACUGCACGACUGUACUUAAUUUAAUGUACAUGUAGUGAGAAAAUGUAUUCGUUAACUAAGCUAACACAUGAAAUGGACAAAUAGUUAUUAAUGGGUCUUGCUUAAGUACCUGAAUGAUUCAUGUUUUACCCAAUUAAAAGAUGUAUUUGGGAAGGAAAAACAGAAUGUGUAUUUGGAGAUUCUGGGAAGUAAAGUUUUUUUUAAUUAUCUUUAUUGUCUAUGUGUAUGUACCUAAUGU